UCCGCUUCCUUUUAAGACUCCAUGACGUCACACGCCAGCAUGGGCGUCACAGCUGCGACGUGCUAAGCUAAAGCCGAAGCUACGAUGUUUGUCGUCAAAAACCGAAUCAAAUUCAGCCCGCUGGGCAUUGCCACAGCAAGGCUGCUCUCCUCCGGUCCGGCCGAGAACCCCGUCGUGUUCCUGGACAUCGAGGCGGACGGUGAGCCGCUAGGGAGGAUAAUCAUUGAGGGCGCCUGUAAACACCAUGUGAUUCUUUUGCUAUUGAUCUUACAGCUCAAUGCAGAUGUGGUGCCAAAGACUGCAGAAAACUUCAGAGCUUUGUGUACAGGAGAGCAUGGCUUUGGCUACAGGGGGGGUGUUUUCCACAGGAUCAUACCACAGUUCAUGUGUCAAGGAGGAGAUUUCACCAAACACAAUGGUACCGGAGGGAAAUCUAUCUAUGGAAAAACCUUCAAGGAUGAGAACUUUAAGUUAAAACACACUGGAGCAGGGACUCUGUCAAUGGCCAACUCAGGCCCAAACACCAAUGGAUCCCAGUUCUUUAUCAGCACUACAAAAACGGAAUGGCUGGACGGCAAGCACGUGGUCUUUGGACACGUAACGUCCGGUAUGGACGUAGUCUCAAAAAUGGAAACCUUUGGUUUACAUGAUGGCGGCGUAAUUAAGAAAAUAGUUGUGGCAGAUUGCGGGCAAGUCAAAUAGAUUUCCACUUGGGAUGAAAGGACUUCUCCAAAUCGUAUGCAUCUUGUAUUUCUUUCUUGUGUCAUUCAUCUAAAGUGAUGACAAAUCCAGGGUUGACCUUUUUAGUCUAAAGUGUACAAUCCCCCCGACCACUUCCUGCCAAAUAAGCGGCCCAUAUUCCCGCUCUGAGGACAUUGGCUCGUGCCCCCGCUGCGUUGCAGCCUUCCUGGAAAACAGCCAGUGGCUUUUUUUAGACACCGCCGCUUCCUGUCCAUCCCAGCAGGAAGUGACAUCAGGUGACAUCCAUGCGCUGGCUCCAAUCUUCCACACCAGAAAAUGUCUUUGAGCUCACACGUGUGGCUGGCAGCUGUUUAUCUAGCUCAUACUUUAUGAAAGUAAAUAUUGGACUGUUUUUUUUCCCCCUAACUUCCCCCCCUUCAAAUAUAAAAACGUUUGCAUGCUGACCUUCCACCACCGUUUGUUUGCGUUCUCACGUUGCGCGGUUGCCGUGGAGACGCUGGCACGUUGUUCCAGCUUGAGAUGUAACAAACAUGACAGAAUUCAGGCGCCCACCCUGCCUUUCGAUACGGCUGGAAUGCGUGCGUGCAAACUCUGUGACAUCUUUCCUCAUUCUGAAAUCUCCCCUUUAGUUGCACAAUUUUGUUUUUACCAUUUUAUUUCUGCUUUUUCGUCAUCACUUUGUUAUUUGGAAACUGAGUGUUAAAGCUAAAGCUGUGUGUGUGGUUUGCUUUUGUAAUAAAUGACAGAAAUCUA